UAGAACCAUCUCGAUGUUGGCAGGUAUUCGGAAAAUACAUCUCUGAAGCAUAAUGAAUCUGUUGCUGGUUGUCGCUUGUUUGGUGUCGGUGAACGCCGUGCCAUUGAAAAGGUGUGAUUACGAUUGUGUGAUGAGCCUGGUGGAACAUGCAUACCACAGCCCGACCCACUUAGAUCCUAUCAGUGGAUAUCCAAAUACCUUUGGCAAACGGGACAUAAGCGCCUUGCUCCAGUCUUUGCAAUCGUCUAUUGCAAAUGUUGGUACUGCCCUUCAGCAGACGUUUGGUGCUGUUCCCCAACAUGGCUCCGAGGCUCUGUCUUCCAUUAUCCAAACCGGACUCCAUCCGAUAGCCGGACUCCUUAACGGUGUUUUGGACGGAUUUCAGAAAGUCGACAUGGUGGAACCACAAAAACGUGGAGUCAAGGACUUUUUCUCCAACCUUGGACACCAAUUGUCGUCCACGUUCACAGAUAUCGGUCACGCCUUCCAAGACACAUUUACAGGAUUAGCUCAAACUGCUGCCCAGCAAGGAACGGACCUCCUUAGCCAGGCCCUACAGGGAGGUGCCAUGGUCGUCGCUAACGGCGCAAACACCCUUGCUACCAAUCUUGCACACACAGAUGCCCAGAAAAGGAAUGCUCAUGACUUUUUCGCAAACCUUGGACACCAACUGUCGGAGACGUUCACAACUCUCGGUCAGGCUUUCCAGGGCACAUUUCAGGGAUUAGCUCAUGCUGCCACUCAGCAAGGCACGGACCUCCUUAGCCAGACUCUACAGGGUGGAGCAGUAGACACCCUUCAGCCUGCGCAGAAGAGGAGUCUUGGUGAUGUUUUGGGCGAAUUGCAGCAUCAGAUUCAGCAUCUUGGUGAACUCCUUAACCCCUUAAUUCAUCCUGACACCCUUCAGCCUGCGCAGAAGAGGAGUCUUGGUGAUGUUUUGGGCGAAUUGCAGCAUCAGAUUCAGCAUCUUGGUGAACUCUUUAACCCCUUACUUCAUCCUGACCAGGUUGUUCCUGUUCAAGCAAGAAACGCUGCUGAUUUCCUCAACAAUUUGCAACAUCAGGUUGAACAGCUGAGCAAUCUCCUGCAAUCCCAUCUCCAACACUAGACAAAAUAGAUGGCCCACUGCAACAGUCCAAAAUUCAUGGAAAACUGCACUAUCAGAAGAAAUAAAAUAACGUAAACAAUUUA